AAGGUCAAUCUUUUUUUUGUGAAGUUGGAAGGAAAGCUGACUUCAUUAGCUGUUAGUGAAACUUAAUUCCAGAAAUGGUACCUUUUAAAACCUGCUGUUUCUGCUACUUGAUGGCAGGGCCCACCUAAUGCUAAGCUACCCGGGCGGCUCGAUGCUGUUGUGGCCAAACAGGUUCUGCUCGGACACCACGUGUUGGUGCUGAGAUGUGGAGGAAUCAACAUUCCCGGAAACUUUUACCGCAACAAGCUGAAGUACCUGGCCUUCCUGCGGAAAAAGAUGAACACUAACCCCUCUCGUGGACCGUUCCACUUCAGAGCUCCCAGCAGGAUCUUCUGGAGGACUGUUGGAGGCAUGCUGCCCCACAAAACCAAGCGAGGACAGGCUGCUCUGGAUAGACUGAAGGUGUUUGAUGGUAUCCCCCCGCCCUAUGACAAGAGGAAGCGCAUGGUUGUUCCAGCUGCCCUUAAGAUUGUGCGCCUGAAGCCCACUCGCAAGUUCGCCCUCCUUGGGCGUCUGGCACACGAGGUCGGGUGGAAAUACCAGGCCAUCACAGCCACUCUGGAGGAGAAGAGGAAGGAGAAGGCUAAGAUCCGCUAUGGCAAGAAGAAGACACAGAUCAAGCUGACCAAGCUGGCAGUAAAGAACGUUGAGACCAAGAUUGCAAAAUUCACGGACGUUUUGAAACUAUAUGGAGUCCUUGUUUGAGCUUGUUGUCUCUGGCCAAUAAAGAUGAAUAAAUGUUUAUAGAAAGUA